AAAAAAGAAAACGAUCACAACAGUCGAUUUGCCUGAAACUUACUCUGUCACACCGAAACCCGCAAUCUCUCUCUGUUCAAAACUUCAAUGGACAAAUACUUGACCCCUCUCAAGCCCUCACCUGAAAUCCCUAAACCCAUUCAAAGGCACCGAUGGAAGCGAAUGGCUAUCGAAUUGAAUGGCCGGUUCGAGCCGAAGUACCGCCACGAGAUCUCCGGUUUGCUCAUGCAGUCGUAUUCCGAGAUUGGGGCAUUUCCGCAUUCAUACCGUGUCGAUGGCGCGCCGUGUCGAACACAUAUGAAUAUGAUUGAUAACGGUGCAAGAAUCGACAGCCAAAUGCCAAUUAGAAAGCAAGGCAUCUCUGCACUGGAGUUUGACAACAAGGGGAUAUAUUUGGCGUCAGUGACAAAAUCAGGAUGUUUAACAGUGCAUGACUUUGAAGCUCUUUAUUGCCAGAGUAAUGAAUCAUUGCCGAGCACGAAGGAAGAUGAAACUAAACAUUUAAUGCACCUUUCUUUACGUCAACAACUUGAUGUGGUCCGGUGGAAUUGCACUAACCAAGAUGAGGUUGCUUGCACAUCCACGAAAUGUAAUGCAGUACUUAUUUUUGACAUUGGUUACGUCUCUUCUGAACCAGUCGAAAUAUUAAAAACAAGAAAUACUGUCACUGUUCAUGGGUCUGACAUUCAUAAAGGUCUAUCUGAUAUAGCUUUUACUUCAAUUGAUGAUUCAAGGUUACUUGCUUCUGAUACAUAUGGUGUUGUCAGUGUAUGGGACAGAAGAACGAGUACUCUUCCAUGUCUUGAACUCACAACUAAUUCCCAUAGCACCCUUAAUAGCAUUGAAAUGAAUGUGGAAAAUCAGAUCAUUUUUGGGGCUGGUAAGCAUGGGAUUAUUUAUAUGUGGGAUCUUCGAGGAGGAAGAGGCUCUACUGCUUUUCAAAGUCAUAAAGAGGCAUGUCAUCCACCUCUAACAUCGUUGAAGCUCGCAUCAAUGCUUGAGAAAAUUGAGCCUCUGAAGGCACAGUCACAUAUCGUUUCAAAAGAAAUACACUCUAUUGAUCUUGAUCCAUCUUGUCCAUAUCAACUGGCAUUCCAUCUUGAUGACGGGUGGUCAGGUGUUUUGGAUAUAUACAAUUUUCAAGUUACACAUGUUCAUUGCCCUCCCCCAGCUUGGUUAAAUGAUUCCAACGAUUCAUUGGAUUUGUUAGGUUUGAGGAAACCAUCAUGGCUACCUACAUAUUCAAUCUACGCGGUUGGAUCAUCAUCUGAUAAAGGUAUUCAUCUUUUGGAUUUCUAUCCAGACCCAAGUUCUCCCAGCUAUGUAGAUCACAAUGAAAAUAUAGAGAGCGUUUCUGGGGUAAACCAUCAAAAUAAGCAAAACAGGUUCGUCCCUUUAUCUGAAGGUGUCACUGCAUGUGCUGCUCAUCCCCUCAAUGGUACCAUCGUGGUCGGGACAAAGCACUCGUCUCUGCUCAUGAUUUCCCAGAAGCACCAAUCUUCCUAAGUUGGAGAUUAUUGUCUAAGCAGUGGACAAAUUGGGCUGGAGACAUGUUGUAUAUCCUUUGACUCAAGCCAGCAUGUAAUUAUGCCAUUCAUCGAGAAACAA